ACCUGCUGAACCUUUGACCCUGUUAGUGGACUGGUUCCAGACAACAGCAGCUCAGAUUAGCUCUGGUUCCCAUGGGCUGCAGAACAUCACCUCUGAAUCACAGCAUCUGCUCCAGAUGGUCUCCAGUAGCAGAAGACCACACCAAGUGUCACUACUGUCAGCUGAGGAGACUACAGUUCACACACGAUCACCAGAACUGGACCAGAAGAGAGUAGAACCUUGUUUCCUGGUCUCAUGAGUCUGGAUUUCAGCUGCAACAUGACGGUUAGGUCAAAAUUUCGUGUCACCAACACGAAAGCUUGGACCCAUCCUUAAGGGAGAUGUCAUGUUCCCACUUUGGCCCCUUAGUACCACCUGAGCAUGGUAGUCCAUCCCUUUUGGACCUGGAUCAAUCUUCUGAUGGCUCCUUCAGCGAGAUAAUGCACCAUCUCAAAAGAUCAGACCAUCUCUAUGACCAUGAGUUCAGGGGACUCUAAAGGCCUCCACAGUGACCAGAUCUCAGUCCAGAACAGAAAUUUUGAGAUGUGGUGGAACAGGAAUCUCUCAUCACAUUGGCAUGUAAAUAUGGACCUCUGAGCAACAUUUCCAACUCCUUGUUGAGUCAUUGAAGAUCUAAGGUGGAUUUUACAUCAAAAGGCUCACACAUGGCACUGAUUAAAUGUACCAGAUAAAGUGGCAACAAAUGUACUUGUGAAAUACCGCACUAUGAGUGAACGUGCAGGGAAGUUUACGACUGAAUAUCAAAUUCAGAUGGCCUCCAAAGCUAAUCUAAGCAACACAGGAACUCAGACAAUCUGAUAAGUGUUAAAAGUGUUCAAAUCGAUGUGUUAAUAACUGAGAGACAUUCACAACACAAGCUCUAAAUUCUGACAGAUGGUGUGAGAUCUUGGUGUGUUGCAUGAGAAUAUGCAGAGUGUUACUUUUAAAAUGUAACCAAACCAGCUUUAACUCCGUUAUUUCUGAGCAGAUGAUGCUCGGUUAUAAAAACUUGCCAACAGACGAUCAACAACAUGGUUCCUUCAAAGGAUGAAUUUGAGUUUACAACCGUUUUGAAAAGGUAGAAACUGUUUUAUUACAAAUUACUUCAAAAUUCUCUUGAUCAAUAGCUUCUGUGUUGAUUAGAGUAAAAUAAUCAGGAAGCAGAUUGAUGCCUGCGUUGGUUUUGUAAUGGUCCCUUAUGGUCUAAUUACAGCGCUCCAUAGGAACUGUGGUGUUUAUUUUCAGCUCUGCAGAGCAGGGUGGGGGAGACAGAGGCAGCUGGACUGACGGUGAACUCUGCACUGACUGUGUCCUCUUUGUGUUCAGCAGAGAAGACGUAUCUGUUGCUGGCCCAGAUGAGGGCUAGACAUCUGUUACUGGGCUCCAGUACAGACAGAACAGGAUGAUAGCUGUUAUUCCUUAACUCCGUUAUUUCUGAGCAGAUGAUGCUCGGUUAUAAAAAGUUGCCAACAGACGAUCAACAACAUAGUUCCUUCAAAGGAUGAAUUUGAGUUUACAGCCGUCUUGAAAAGCCUAGCUGUGUGGGCUUCCAGAGACCCCCAUUAAAAACAGCAGUGGAGACGCUGGACAUCACUCAUCACAUCCAUGUCUCUCACCCCGAGUCGAAAACCCUCCUCGAGUCAGCGCAGGCGCUCAGUGGGAGCUGGGGGUGGUGGUGGGCGAUGCUCCCACAGUGACUCAUCCAGUACUCAUACCUUCCCCGUUCGGUUAAAGCCCUCGGAGGGGAGCCCCACACCCCGCACACAUCCAAACACCCCCCGACGCCAGCUAAAGCACACAUUCUGCAGCGACAACCAUGGGAUCAAGCCCCCCACCCCGGAGCAGUACCUUACACCACUGCAGCAGAAGGAGGUGUGUAUACGCCACCUGCGAUCCAGACUGAGGGAAAACGUGGAGAGACUACAACACAGGGAUUGUGAGAUAGAGGAGCUGAGGACUCAGCUGUACAAGAUGCAGGAAGACUGGAUUGAGGGAGAAUGCCACAGAGUGGAAGCCCAGCUGGCCCUGAAAGAGGCUCGCAAAGAGAUCCAGCAACUCCAUGAGGUAGUUGAGUCAGUCAAGUCCAAUCUGAGCAUCCAUGAGCAGGAAUCUCAUGACCACAAGCCAUACUUAGGGUUGCAGGGAGUGCGGGCAGGGGAAAAGUCUCGCUCCUGUGGAUGUUCCCCAGCCAGCACUCUGAGCCGCGGCACCACCUUCACCCGACGCAGCAGCGAGGCCCUGCAGCUGGAGCGCAGCCCUGAGUUCAGCGGGGGAGCUCGCCCAGCAGGACAGACCCACCUGCUCCUGGAGGCAGCACUCCUGUCAGAGCAGCUGCCCCAGCGGGACCAGCACAUCCGAGGCACCCCCGCUGUGCCACGCUCUUCCACCUUUGAGAGGCUGUGCAGUGGAGGCGCCGUGCUGCCAAUCUCACAUUCUUGCCACAGUUUGGGCAGCAGCUGCAGGUGCAGUGGACACGCCUCCCUCCCUCAUCAUCACUUGUUCCUUCACUUACCUCAAGAGGAGUCUCCAGUCCCCUCCGUGUCUGCUGCUGCUGCUGCCCCCGCCACUCACACCAGCCCCAUUGUUGUUCCUGCAGCAGAAAAGAAACCAGAGGUCCGUUCUCAGGCCUGCAGCCCAACCAUGACCUGGCUGUGUGAGGAGAGCAGCACUGCAGGGUUGAGCGUCAUUUCUUCAUCUAAGAUGGACAUCACUUCCUCAGAACCAUGGCUUCCAACAUCUUUACCUCCUCAGUUCUGCCCCAGCACUGAGCUGCCCCCAUCUGAGAAACCUGAGGCAGCAAAAGUGCCAGCACGAAUCCAAACCUGCCAACCCCAACCUAUAUAUCCACUUCCUGUUCAACAGCAAGCCACAGUGCUGGAGAUAGACGAGGACCACGAGGAGAAAACUGAUGGAGGGACUGAAGCUGGGCCAUCCCCUGAGCCAUGUCACUGGAGCCCCUACUUCCUGGUAGACCUUUUGGCUUUGGCGAUGCCCAUGGUCCCAACGAUGGCGUGGUUGUGUAGAGGAGCGCCACAGGAAGUCAUGCCUGCUUACCACAUCGGCUCCCUGCUGAGGGGCUGCUGUGCCGUUGCUCUCCACUCGCUGAGACGUCAGGGUGCAGGCAGGGGGCGCAGGCCCACCAGCAUCAAGGGAACUGCUCCACUCUGAAUCUUUAAACCAGAGCACAUCUGUAAACCUCUGCUGAGUCAACAUGCCAAUCCAGCCAUGUGUCAGAUGUCUCCUCCUGCAGGACUUUUUACCUCUGAAGGUUUCUGGUUGACAGUUGAAUGAGAGAAACCAGGACUCAGCAGUAAUCUUUUCCUUUAUUCCUUCUGCUUCUGCCUGGAGUUUCAAAUGUUUUCUCUUUAAAGCAAUCUGCAUGCAUAAAAGCAGCUCAGAUUGCCUUGCUAGUGCUUCAAAGCCCUGCGUGGGUUUUGUCGAGCAACCUUUAGAAUAAUUUUAUACAGUUUACACAAUGAAAAUAGGUUAAAUGUGAAAUUUAAAGCUUUUAAAUGGAAGAAUCACAGUCAUGGAAACAGCAGACAACACUAUCCCACGGAGUCAAACAGUUACCCAGUCAGAACUAAUCAAUAACAGAGCAUCUAAAAGGCAGUCUUUCGGUUGUUUUGGUAAUAUCCUCUCAUCAGGGUUGAGGGGGAAAAAAGAUAACACACCCUUACUGGUAUUUAUUCGGUUUCAGGUCAACAAAAAUGGCCAGCAGUUUUUCUAAUAAUUACUCAUAAGUGGAUUAAGGGAUUUCUGAUUUUCUUGUUUACUUUAUGAGUGUGAAGAGGAAAAAGAAGGUUGCAGCACUCGGGUCAACGGAAAAUAUUUAAACGGUGCAAAUAAAUUAACUGUAGUUUCAACAUUGCUGUCCUCGUCUUUGUCCUCUGACACAGACAGCAAUGUUGACACGUUAGUUCAUGUAUUUGCAGAGAUUAAAAAUGUUUACGCUGACCUGAAGAAGUUUUGGCUUUCUUGACCUCUGAUCUGUACCAGACACAAAUCAUCCCUGCAGGGCUUCAGAUGUUCUGGGUUUUUAUUUAGAACAGGCCACAAUGUGUUGGUUUUUCAGGUCUUGGCCUACGUCACGUUGUCAGACAGGUUCAUUUAAAGUUAUUCUAUGGUUUUGAUAAGUUCAGCUCCACCAGCCACACCUGAUCACGAACUUUCAAAAUUAGGUUAAUUACAGAUCAUUCACGAUUUAACAUGGAGGGAUUACUUUCUAACAUGGUUUGAGCACUUGACUUUACAUUUGCUCGGGUUAUUUUUAAUUGAUACUGAAACCAAUUUACUGGGAAACUUGUGACCAGAAAAAAGUUUGCAACAGGGCAAAUACUUUUUCCACAGUGUAUAGCUAAAGACCCAACAGAUUGAUGGAUCAGUAUAAUUUAUAAAAAGGGUUAGUUUCGGUUUCUUUAGUUUGGAGUGGACAUUAACCAUAAACUAAGAAUUAGUUAAAAUAAGAAAGCAAACAUCUGCAUUUUAGAUCAAAGUAACAGCUCAUUCUGAUGUAUGCCAAUAGGAAGACCCAUCUCUGCUCCAAACACCCCAUAAAGCACUUUUAUCAUCUGUCCACAGCUGCUAUGCAACACUCCAGGGGUUGAGAGGGAACCGUGUGAAUGGAUCGGGUUCUGUGAGAACGGGUUUAUACAUUUGAAUCCACGUUUUCUGCUUCAUCUGUUUGUGUGAAUAAACCCAAACAUGAACUGUUCAUAAAUGUUUCCAAAUGUU